GGCAGCUGGGGACGGGUGCCCCAGCUGCCCGGCAGCGGCUCACCUCCCCUCUCAGCGUCCCGGCGCCCAUUUCGGGUGCGCCCCAGCCUCGCCACCGCCCAGCAGCCCCUUGCCCGACAUGGUGCGUGAUGCUCGGGGAAGGGCAGUCUGUCCUGCCGCUGCAGCCCUCCCUCCCCACGUGGCCUGGCGAGCUCCAGGCUGGAACCCAAGCCCUGCAUCGAUCCGCGCUGCAUCUUAAAUCCCGCAGCAGCUGAAGCAAGCGGUUUUUAGCGUGUGGGCGGGGGGGGGGGGGGUUUCUCCGCAGGCGAGCCGGCUCUGGCACCAGGGUGAGAUGGGCUGUCUUCCUCUGCCAGUGCCGUGGUGGUUGGGGCAGGGACCUUGCCCCCGUCAGCGUUUUAAUGGCGACGCUCGCAGCUCGGCUGCCGAGCCGUGCCUGUGGGGAAGGGUCCUGGGCCGCAGCGGGGCUCCUGGGGUUGCAUCGCGGCCAGGCUGUGACAAAGGGGACGUGAAGGGUGAUGGGUGAGCGGGAGCGAAGGUGCAGGGGGUGCAGGGAUGCCCCUCGCUCUGCUGCAUCACCCCGGGCAGGAGCAAGGGUCCCAGCAGAGCUCUCUGCACGUGGCUGCGUCCCUGCCCGGACUCCGGAGAGGAGGCUGCCAGGACAGCCAGGAUGGAGGGACGGGGUAGGCGAGGGGCCUCCUCCCAGCGCUGCCCUCCCCCAGCUGCUGCCGGGGUGGGGACGUGGGUUCCUGCUCCGCUAAGCCCUGCAGCUUUUCUCCUCUAAAGCCUGAUUACUCCGGCGGUGCCUGUGCGUGCGUGCGUGCGUGCGUGCUCGGGAGGGGAGGAGGAGGAAUUUCACAACAAGUGUUUGCAGCCACGCUGGGCCCAGCUGCCCCAGAGCCGCCCCAGGGACAGCGGCGUCACCCUCGCUCCAGGGAGCAGCACCGAGUCGGGGCUCCGGCCGUCACCGCCGAGCCCCUGCCUGCGCCGGAGCAGCCGGGUGCCUGCAGUGGGCGUGCGGGCAGGGCAUGGCGGGGCAUGGCAGGAGAGCCGCAUGUUGUGUACCAGAGCCGCAGAAUAUGUCUUUGCACUGAGAUUGGACUGAAGUCCUCUGCAGCCGACGCUGGAGGAGACACCCCGUUGAUGAGCGUUCCCGUCUGAGCUUUCCCUGGUGGCUGGCGGGCUGGUGCUACCAGAAGGGCUUUGGGGGUCUUUCGCUUUGGCGUUGGGGGUGGGUUUUGGGGUUUUUUUUGUUUUGUUUUUUUUUUUUUAUUUUGGGUUUGGUUUUGUUGUUGUGCUCUGGGCACCAUGUCAAAUUCGGGCUCCCAUCAAGACACUGGGAACAAGCCAGAGACGGAAAAAAAUAACCAAGAUGACUCUCAACCCCCCGUCAGCUCCGAGAGGAGGAACAAAAGUGGAAUAAUAAGUGAACCUUUGAACAAAAGUCUUAAGAAGUCCCGUCCACUCUCCCACUAUUCCACCUUUGGUAGCAGCAGCUCGGUAAGCGAACAUUCAGAGAAAGGCAACCCCUUAGCUAAUGGCAACGAAGCGACUGUGGAUAAAAGUCAUUCUACCUCAAAGCACAAAAACAUCUCUAGUAUGCUGAGCAAAUUAGACCGGGUGUCGGAGAUCUCCUCAGAAGGACAGACCGCCCUACAACAGUUUGCUCAGUCGACAGAAAUGCUCAAAAGAGUGGUACAGGAGCAUCUUCCUCUAGCAAGCGACCACGGGACUGGUAUCUCUGACAUGGAGGCAGUCUCAGCUGCAGAGACAAUGAACGGCCCCUCUGAUUUUCCUUACCUGGGGGCUUUUCCCAUCAACCCAGGCCUUUUCAUUAUGACCCCUGCCGGCGUGUUUCUGGCAGAGAGCGCGCUCCAUAUGGCUGGCUUGGCAGAGUAUCCCAUGCAGAAUGAGUUGGCAUCUGCCAUCAAUUCGGGGAAAAAGAAACGGAAAAGAUGCGGCAUGUGCCCGCCCUGCCGAAGACGGAUAAACUGCGAGCAGUGCAGCAGUUGUAGGAAUCGCAAAACUGGCCACCAGAUUUGCAAAUUCCGAAAAUGUGAAGAACUCAAAAAGAAGCCUUCUGCAGCACUGGAGAAGGUGAUGCUUCCUACAGGAGCCGCGUUCAGAUGGUUCCAGUAGGAACGGGAAUCCCAAAGCUCUGUCAUCCAAGUGCAAUGUCACUGCUUGCUUGUGUUGUCUCAGGCAAGGGAUUUUUGGCUGAAAUGAAUGGAUGCACCUGUGUCUCUUUAGAACCAAAAAUAUUUUCUCGCAAAUCUCAUUCCUGUUUUUAUAAUUUUUUUUUUUUUGCGUUCGUUUUAACAUCUUCGAGUCCUAGUCAGACAUUUAACUGCUUUUCAAAUAAAAAUAAUUAAAAGAAAAAAACAAUGGAUCUGUAAAGUACCAAGACUUAAUAGACAGAGUAUGGACAAUCAGUUUCUUUCUGUGUUUUGGUGUUGAUGUUGUUUAUGUGUGAAAGAUGCAGUACUUGUGUAGGGAAUGUAAAUUUACAGUAACCUUUUAAAAUCUAGUUACUAAUAAGCACUACUGUAAUUUAGCACAGUUGUUUAAUUGCACCCUCAUUUAUACUUUUUAUUUGAUUCUUUCCCAUCAUACAAUAGAGUGGAUAGUUUCUAGAAUGCCUCAACUUCAUGUUUAUAAAUGAGAAUAUGUUUAAAGCGAUGUAGUCUCCCUUUUCCUAGCCAUUCACCUAUGUAAGUUUAACCCGCAAGAGGUUCGGUAUAAAAGGUGGAAGAAAACAAUUGCUACACAACUGGCGGUCUUCGAAAAAGGAAAAAAAGAAUAUAAAAAAAAAAAAGAAAAAAAAAGUCAUUGUUAGUUUAUUAAUAUAGAACAAGAAACACUGCAUACAGAAAAACCUCCUAAUUGCAACGGUUUACUCCUAGAAGUAAUUUUUGUAAACUUACUGAAGUUAAAAUCAAAAUAAAAAUAAUAUUGCAGGACCUGUGCUGAAGCAGUUACGAAAAGUGAUAUUUCUCUUCUGUUCAAAUCCCCGUCUCUCCAGCUCUCUCUACAUCAUUAAAUUGAAAUGCUGUUUGUAAUGUUUUAGCGAUCCAGGCUGUUUUUGUGAAUAAAAUGAAUGCAUGUUUUGUGUCAUGA